AAUCGGCGACCUCCACGUGGAACAAUAUCACUGACUGAACAGGAUAUUAGGGAGCUUCGUGCACCUCUACUUCGUGUACUCAUCCAAGCAGUCCAUGUAGAUCAAGUCCAAUCUUGGGUUUUGUUGAGUGCUGAAGAGGUUCAGCGGUAUUUGAAAUCUGUUGAAGACGAAAGAACGAACAUCUUCAAGGAGAUCUCUAGAAUGGAUUCUCAAGACAGGGUUGCUGCAGAAGCAUCCAGAAUUUCCUCUCCCCACAUUGGUGAGGGUGGUAGACAGUUCACAUUCACAGAACUCAGUAACCCACCUGCUAUCACUUCUCAAUAUUCACCAUCUGCAAGGCCCUCAGAGCAGUCUGGUAUUCGAUGCAAUUGUGGAAGUCAUCUUGCAGCAGUGAGUACAGGUAGUUCUCCGGUGGAAAUCUCUUGCAGUUCUUGUGUCCACAUUACUUGCGAGGCUGCUGUCAAAAAAACUAUGGUCUCCAAGCGUCCGAUUGUUAAACAUCAACCUGUUGGAAUAGAGGCUGGUUGUGAGGUGAAUACUUACGAAGUAGACAAUUCAAUGGACAUCAGACUUUCAAGAAAUCAACUGUCCCAACUCACAACCGACGAUAUGACCCCAGACUUGAUGGACAUUCCAAAUCUGCUCAGAAGCUCGCCAUCAACGGAUCAUACCCACUCUGAAGAUUCUCAUGGAACGCACAGAACUGCAAUCAACAGAAUAAACACUAAUAUCAGUUUGGCUGAGAAGUCCUCUGUACUCACACGACAGCUCAUCAAUCGAAAUGUUUAA